GGCAGACUGAUUACGAUUCAGAGUAGCGGUGGACUUCGGAUAGAGCAGAACCGCGUAUCCGCGUUUUUCAUCGGCUCUCGGUUCACCUUUAACGUAGAUCACCAGUCUAUGAUCCAUCCUUACUCGUUCCAACCUUACUAUUGAUUUCUUCCUCCCUCCCCCCACCCCUUCUCAUUCUCUUUCUUUCUCUCUUUCUUUGUCUUCUUUGCUCCUCGAUUUCGAGUUCAUUUCGAAACGGAUUAUCUCUACAAAAAUUAACGGAAGAGGGAGGUCUCUGUCGAAUUGAAAAUCGAACGAGGUGCAUGUAGGACGCGUACACGCGAAUACGGCAAGGGAUCGCGUUUGAAGCAACAGAACGAAAGAGCCCUGAAGCGAACCAUCAGCGAGGAAAACACCACGAGAUCGAUAGUGUUGUGGCAACCACGUUUAAGACCGCCACCCUGCCAAGUACUCUGUCGAGAACUACGUUGAAAACGAUUGAUAUCGAAGGAUAUCGUUUCCUUCGCGAGGAGAAUUAAUGCGAAGAGUAACACGUCGAGAUCCCGAUAGUACAUUUUUAAUAAACAAGACGUAUUCUCCAAGUACAUAUCCAUUAUCUGGCAUCGUCUGACGUUGCGAUUUUUAACAACGGUUACAACGAGGUGUCUUCGAAAAAACACGUGCAGCGUGUGUAUUCAGUGUUCCUCCAGGGGGUGUGUGAAGAAGCGAGUAGAGUAGAGAAGCGCAUAUACCGACGAGUAAGUUACGGACGUUACGGUGAUCAAUUCCAUUGCGGAAAUCUAGCUCAUCACGCGAGCACGAGUUGGAUCGAAAGCAACAUCGGAAUUAUGACGAGGUGGACCGAGUUUGUUUCACGACAAGGAAGAGCCGAUAUCUACCUGAUGAUGAUAGCGCUCCUCGUUUUGUACGCGAAUACGGAAGCGGCACCGACCAAUGUAGUCAUCAGCGACAACACUGCCGCGAAUUAUCUGUCGCAAUACGGAUAUUUGCCGCCGAUAAAUCCGGAAAAUGGUGCCUUUUUAAGCGAGGAGAAGCUGACGACAGCGAUAGAAGAAUUCCAAGCGUUUGCUGGCCUUAAUAUAACAGGUGUAUUAAAUGAAGAGACUGCUAAGCUUAUGGCUACACCAAGAUGCGGUGUUAAGGAUAAAGUUGGACCAGCCGCCGAUGGAAGAUCAAAGAGAUACGCUCUUCAAGGAUCCAGAUGGCGUACGAAGAACCUGACGUAUAAAAUUAGCAAGUAUCCAACUGGUCUGAACAAACAAGAAGUGGACAAAGAAAUCGCAAACGCGUUCAACGUUUGGUCGGGUGAAACUGACUUGACGUUUACCCGCAAAACGGGACAUGAAAAUGUUCACAUCGAAGUCAGAUUCGAGGUAGGCGAGCAUGGCGACGGUGAUCCUUUUGACGGACCCGGUGGUACCUUGGCACACGCGUACUUUCCCGUGUACGGUGGUGAUGCUCAUUUUGACGAUUCCGAACGAUGGACCAUCAGAAGUUAUCGCGGUACCAAUCUCUUUCAAGUCGCGGCUCAUGAAUUCGGGCACUCGCUUGGCUUAAGUCACAGCGAUGUCAAGGAAGCUCUGAUGGCACCUUUUUACCGCGGUUACGAUCCACACUUUACUUUGGAUCAAGAUGACGUCAGCGCAAUUCAAGCUCUAUAUGGAACGAAAACCAAUUCGCGAGGAGCGCGACCUUUGCCACCUGCCGAAGAAGAUCCUGAAUUGUGUAAAGAUCCCAAGAUCGACGCGAUGUUUAAUACGAAAGACGGCGAUAUAAUUGCGUUCAAGGGAAAAUAUUACUGGCAAUUAACGGACAACGGUGUGGCCAGCGGCUAUCCUAGACGUAUUAGUAGCACGUGGAAGGAACUUCCGUCUAAUAUAGACGCUGCAUUUACAUACAGAAAUGGCAAGACUUAUUUUUUCAAGGGCACGCAAUACUGGAGAUACAUUAAUACAACUAUGGACGGUGAUUAUCCGAAGGAAAUUAGCGAUGGUUUUACCGGCAUUCCCGAUAACAUUGAUGCAGCUACCGUAUGGACUGGAAACGGCAAGAUUUACUUUUACAAGGGCGCGAAAUUCUGGCGUUUCGAUCCAGCUUCGAAGCCACCAGUUAAGAAAAACUAUCCUAAACUCGUCCAAAAUUGGGAAGGCAUACCGAAUCACAUUAACGCGGCAGUGACCUACAAAGGUUUCACGUACUUUUUCCAAGAUAAUGCCUACUAUCGAUUCAACGACCGAAUGUUCAAGGUGGACGACGCUAAGCCCGCUUUCCCAAGAUCGACAGCGUACUGGUGGUUCGGAUGCAAGUCCGCUAAUAGAGGGACACUAGGUAAUGAUCACUGGCCAUUCGCAAUUGCCAGUAAUCUGGACGUGGUUGAUACUGAUACACACGACGAUUACGGUAGUCUUGACAGCGUUGGCGACAUCAUUCUAGACGCAGACGACAACAAUGUACAUCCCGAAUUCGGGAAAAAGUGAGCGCGACCCACAACCGGUACACGUGCCAAAUAUCCCGAUUAUUUAUUUGUGCGCGGAAAAACCAAAUAAAGUUCCAAACAACAACAACAACAACUACAGCAACAACGUCAACUGGCAACGGCAGAGAGAGAGAGAGAGAGAGAGAGAGAAGGAGAUAGUGUGAGAACUGGCAUCUUCGCGCACUCUCCUUUAACCUGUACUAGCUGUUUCGCGCUCUCGAAUGUGCGCACUUGCACGUGCAUCCAAUCGCAAUUUCACCUUACGCGCUACCACGAUUCAAAUUUCGAAUUCGACAGGAGGAACCGACGAACUCGUCACAUCAUCGAAUCACGAUAACGGAAACUCUGGGUCAUCCGCGAGUUCACUGCAUCCAUUGGAAAAGAGGCAGCAGCUUGUGCUCAGCAUUGUGACUGCGAUCAUAGCGAGGUUCGUCGUGGCUACGUAAAGGCACCUGCAGCUCGUCGACAUCGAGAAACGAGCGAGUAUACGUACUUGCUCUAAUAAUCGGCCGAUAAGCGGAUUUCUUUCUUACUCUUUCUUUUUUCGCGUAAAUGUGCGAAUGUCGCUUUGAAUGCCGAUCGUUGACAUUGGCGGGCUCAGAAACUUGCACUCUCGAUAUUUAAGUAGAUAGCUAGAAAAUUGUGACAAGCGAUUUAAACUAUUGAGAGUUACGUGGCUGCGUAACGCAAACGCACACGCGGCGCGGCGCGGCUGUAGCACGUAUUUCAAUUUCCACACGUUUUUAUAGAUGCAAGCGCAAAUGUGUGUGUGAAUGUGUGUGUGAAUAUGUGUGUGUGUGUGUGUGUGUGUGUAUAUAUGUAUGCAUUAUACUAUGAAUCAUUAUACUUUGAAUGAUGUUUCACGCGCAGUAAUGUAACAUAGAACGUUCCACACUGCCUAUUUAUUCGCGUGUCCAUCAUUUGUAAAAGACUUUGAGACUUUCAAAGGCACUUAUUGAUUCCAACCGUUCGCGAGAGAUCGCAAAGUGCUUAAAAGAUAUUAGGACAUUGCGACAUGACAAUUUAUAAUUAAUAAAUAAUCGGAUAAUAAUUCUUUACUGACAAUAUUGUAAAAAAAUACUUGUUGAACAAUGAAAGUGUUAUGUGAAUAUUAUAGACUCUUCUACUUAUGUAAUGUAAAUGCUAAAAGUACCACUAAGCAAUUACAGAUUAUAUAUUAUUUUUAUUCAAUAUCUAAUCUAACUUGCAUCGCGCGCGAUCCAUUUAUAUGUUUAUAAAUAUCUGUAGUGUCAUCGUUGCUGCGUUGAACUAUACUAAAGUGACUGUUAUCUUACAUGCAAGUGCCUUAAAAAAUAUUUUUGUAAUUUAUACAACUCUCUAAAAAGAAUUGUAAAUGCCAGGUCCAUUUUAGCGCAAUUUUUUCUAUGUAUUCAUCACUUCAAACUAAGUAAGCGUUUGAUUUCCUUUUCAUCAUGCGAUGUGUUGUAUGUAUUUCAAGAGAAUCCUUAUUUUCAUAUAAACGCUUUCUUCACGUGGUUUUUUUCAAUAAUACCAUAUUUACAGUGUAGUUGGAUAUAUGCACAUAUAUACACAAGGUAUUAAAAAAAACCAUUCAGCAUUUAUAUGGUAGAUAGUAAGUACACACCGUACUGUGCAAAAAACCUUAAUAAACAUAGGUCGAAAAUUCAACCGUUUCUGAGACAUAAACAUUUUCACAUAUUAGCAUCAUGAAUAGUUUUCUGGCUUCUAAAUGUCGAAUGCAAUGUUGACAUCAGUGUUUAUAAAUCACUAAGGUUUUUUUACUCUUGUCAAUAUGGUGUGUACUAUCUACUACAUAAAUGCUAAAUGUUUUUUUUUUUUAAUACCUUGUAUGUAUGUUUACAUGUAUAUAUACAUAUAUUUAUAUGUGAAUAUACAUAUAAAAUAUCAAGAAAGUAUUAAAAAUAACUAUAAAUCAUGUCAGUCUGAUUUCUGACAUUAAUGGUGCUGUAUGCGUAAGAAUUUAUAUAUCUAUAGACACAGUUUUUAUGUAUAUAAAGUGCCUUUUUUUUCUAGAUUUUACAAAAUAAAAGCGCACUUUAAGACGCGUUUAGCAAAAAUAUAUAACAAUUAUCUUUUUGAUAAAGAAGAAAGAUACUACAAGACAAGAUUAUACAUCAAAAUUAUUUUCAUAUUGGUUAGUAUUGACAAAUAUUAAAACAGCCUUGAUACUUGGGUAUCCCACAUAUUUUCAAAAAAGUGUCUUAGUGUCUAAUACUGCAAAUGUUUAACCAGUACUUAAUUGUUAAAAAUUAUAUUUAGCUUGUAAAUAUUAUCAGAGUACAAAGAAAAAGGCUUUGUAAUUUUUAUUAAUAUUAAAUAAGACAACUUACAUGAUCUUGUUUUGAGCUAUUUGAAACAGCCCACUCUUAUUUAAAGCAGCUUAAACGUUAUUUUAUAAAACAUAUAAAUGUAAUGGUGCAACGCCUUUCUUUGUGUUACUCCUGAUAUUAGAAUAUUAAUAAUUCGUAUUGAAACUUGCCACGCUAUUAUGUCGUGCCUUGAACAAAAUCUCUAUUGUAUUAUAUUUUUCAUUGUCAUACAAAUAGUAUUAAUAAAUACAUAUGUUUAUUUUAA